AUGGCGGCGGAAGUGGCAUCGAUGACCAACGGCUACGCGCCGCACAACGGCUUCGGUGGGACGGACAACCAGAGCAACGCGUAUACCUCGACUCCUGCAUCUCAGCAAUCAAUGUACCAGCAGCCGCCAGCACAAGAGAUGGCAAGCGGUACAAGCACCCAGUCAGACAUCCCCAAGGACGAGGUGGGCUGGUACUUCGUCGAGCAGUACUACACCACCCUCUCCCGAUCGCCCGAGAAGCUCUACCUUUUCUACAACAAGCGAUCGCAAUUCGUGUCUGGCCAGGAGACUGACAAGGUGCCUGUCUGUGUCGGGCAACGUGCCAUCAAUGACCGCAUCAAGGAACUCGACUUCCAGGACUGCAAGGUCCGCGUCACGAAUGUUGACUCGCAGGCUUCAGACAAGAACAUCGUGAUCCAAGUCAUUGGCGAGAUCUCCAACAAGAGCCAGCCUCACAAAAAGUUCACGCAGACCUUUGUGCUUGCCACCCAGACAAACGGCUACUUCGUCCUCAACGACAUCUUCCGAUAUUUGGUCGAGGAGGAGGAUGAGGAGACUGAGCAGCCCCAGCAGCCAGCACCUCAGGCUGAAGAGGAGAUCCAGCAGCAGCCUGCGGCCGAGAGUGGUUCUCAGGAGCCACCUCCUACAGCUGCGGACAGUGGUCGCGAGACUCUGACGAGCUCGGACAACCCUGCUGCGAUUGAGCGCGAUGCGCAGGAGGUUGCUGGGAAGCUCGAGGAGACUUUGGCCAAGCCAGAGGAGGCAUCAGCACCUACUACCAACGGUGAGUCUCACGAGGAGGAGGUUGAGGAGGAGCAGGAGGCUGCGCCAGAGGCUACUACCGAGUCCAGCGGUGCCGAGCCAGAAGUCAAUGGCGAGUCGGCUACACCUGCUGCAACCGAGGAAGUUGUGCAAGAAGAGAAGCCACAAGCUCCGACACCGUCACCAGCACCCACACCAGCCUCUCAAGCACCUGCACAACCCGCCGCGCCACCAAAGCCAGCCGUGCCAAAGACCUGGGCAAGCUUAGCCGCUUCUGCGGCUCGAACCGCGCCUGCACCUGUUGUCCCUCAAGCACCCAGCCAGCCUCGUCAAGCAGCCCCAAAGUCGCAAACUCAGGCGCCAGCCCAAGCACAGACACAAGCUCCCGCAUCAACACCGGCGGCUGCGCCUGCUUCGACACCCUCCGCGCCGGCUCGUGAGGAGACCUCGACUCCUACUUCUCAGGACGAGUGGACAGCAGUCGGCAGCAGCCACAACCGAUCUCAGUCCCGCCAUGUCGACCAGCAGCAGCAACAACAAGGUCCUCAAAGCCGAGGUUACAUCAAGAACGUUCAGGAGCAUGUAAAGCCAGAAGAGCUGCGAGCGCAUCUGGAACAAUUUGGCGAGUUGAUCUACUUUGACAUCUCGCGUCCCAAGACAUCCGCCUUCGUCGACUUCAAAACCCCACAAGGUUACCAAGCAGCCGUAGCCGCCAACCCCCACAACAUCUGCGACUCCACCCUCUUCGUCGAGGAGCGCCGCGUUCGCCCAACCAAUAUGCAAUUCGGACCCCGUGGAGCACACAACGGCCAGAUGCAGCGCGGCGGUCGCGGUGGACCAGGUCAAGGCGGCCCACCACGCGGCGGCUUCAACGGUCGUGGUGGACGUGGUGAUUUCGCUCCGAGAGGCCGGGGCGGUGCACCGCGAGGACGUGGUGCGCCGGCGCCAGCACAAUAG